AUGUUGUUCUCGAACUACGUUCUCCUCAAUCGCCAAUUACGAGGAUUUUGCAAGUCUUUCGUCCACUUUAAUCGUUUUUCACGUGAAUCUUUGCGAGAACGACUGCGUAAGCAGGACAUCAAACAAUUUGCCAAAACCAAAGUACACCAGCCUCCAUAUGCGAGUGAUGCAAUUCCAGUUCGUCCAGCGUCAGAUCUACUGAAAGCUUUCGGAUUCACAGUUGGGGUUGGAGCUGCUGCAUUUGGUAUAGCUGCAGUUGCUGAUUGGAAAAGAAAGGAACAUUCGUUUCGUUUUAGUGGAUUCACUUUCGACAGCAGAACAGGAUUGCCUAUAGCGAAUUUCACUGGGCUAAAUAGCACCAAACAAGGAUUUUGGGAACAGCUGACAGAUGGCGAUAAGUGCGCUCUCUUCUUACUCUGCGCAAAUGCUGCCGUGUUCGCUCUGUGGAAAGUCAAAAUUUUUGACAAGUUCAUGUGGCGUUAUUUCAGUAAUAGCUUUGCUUCCAAAAGUCUCUGUCUUCCCAUGCUACUUAGCAUGUUUUCUCAUCAGAGUUUGAUACAUCUUGGACUGAAUAUGUAUGUGGUCUGGUCUUUCACAAACGUUACGGUCAACAAUUUCCUUGGACCAUGUCAGUUCUGGGCCCUCUAUGUGACUGGCGGUGUUUUCUCGUCGUUUGUUAGCCUCGCUCACAAAGCUAUAACCAGAUCCCCGACAAGAGCCCUUGGAGCGAGUGGCGCUAUUCUUGCCCUUCUUGGAUACACAUGCAUGAAAAUACCAGAUUCAAGACUCAAGAUUGUAUUUAUCCCUGGCUUUGAUUUUUCCGCGCAAUCAGCUAUAAUGAGUAUCUUGCUGUUUGAUUUGGCCGGUCUUGUGUUCAAGUUCCGUUUAUUUGAUCACGCCGCUCAUCUUGGAGGAACUCUAUUCGGCAUGUGA